GUGGGACUUCGUACACUACAAAGCUCCUCCCUCAGCGGCCGCGCAGAGUGACAGGAUGGCCGAGCGAACGACACCGCUGCUGCUGCUAACCUUGGCAGUGGGGAUCGCCGGGGGUUCCCAGGGCGACCGCGAGCCCGUGUACCGCGACUGUGUGCUCCGGUGCGAGGAACGGAACUGUUCAGGAGACGCACUAAGGCACUUCCGCUCCCGCCAGCCAAUCUACAUGAGCCUAGCUGGCUGGACUUGUCGGGACGACUGCAAGUAUGAGUGUAUGUGGUUCACUGUUGGCCUCUACCUUCAGGAGGGUCACAGAGUGCCUCAGUUCCAUGGCAAGUGGCCCUUCUCCCGGUUCCUGUUCAUCCAAGAGCCAGCUUCUGCUGUGGCCUCGCUCCUCAAUGGCCUGGCCAGCCUGGUGAUGCUCUGCCGCUAUCGUGCCUCUGUGCCAGCCUCCUCCCCCAUGUACCAUACCUGCAUGGCCUUCGCUUGGGUGUCUCUCAAUGCUUGGUUCUGGUCCACAGUCUUCCAUACCAGGGACACUGACCUCACCGAGGUCUGUUGUCUCACCUGGCCCCAUGGGUUCUCCCACCCUCAGAAGAUGGACUACUUCUGCGCUUCAGCUGUCAUCCUGCAUUCUGUUUACCUGUGCUGUGUCAGGACCGUAGGACUGCAGCACCCAUCUGUGGCCAGUGCCUUCGGCACCCUGCUGCUGCUGCUGCUGACGGGACACAUCUCCUACCUGAGCCUUGUCCAUUUUGACUACGGCUACAACAUGAUGGCCAAUGUGGCUAUAGGCCUGGUGAACCUGGCGUGGUGGCUGGUCUGGUGCCUACGGAACCGCCGGCGCCUCCCUCACACCCGCAGGUGUAUGGUGGUGGUGCUGCUGCUGCAGGGGCUAUCCCUGCUGGAACUGCUUGACUUCCCGCCCCUCUUCUGGGUCCUGGAUGCCCAUGCCAUCUGGCACAUCAGCACCAUCCCCGUCCACACCCUCUUUUUCAGAUUUCUGGAAGAUGACAGCUUGUACCUACUGAAGGAAUCUGGAGCCAUCUUCAAGCUGGACUAAAGAGGCUGGGAGAGGGUGGAUCCGCCUCGUCCCUGAGGCCUCUCCCUUCUCCCUCUUGAGAUGACUGGCUUUUCUCCUUUUAGCUUCUUGAACUUGACCAUGUGGGGUUUGAACCUGGAAUCCUGUAGCCACCUGGUCCUUGCUGGCCCUCACACGGAACCUGUCUUGGGAGCGGCCUCCUCACAUCAGGGACAGGGGACUAGGCAGCUGUCUGGUGCCUGGGGCUGAACUGAGACCAAGUUUUGCGGUCUACAGAGAGGAGGACUCCCUUUGUAUCCUCAACCCCUCCCUUUCCACAUCACUCACCCCUAUAGUGCCACCCCAUACCUCCACUUAACCCCCAAAGCACACCCGCAGGCCUUUGGAGUUCAUUGGGAUCUCUUUUUGCCAGGGCACCACUAGGUGGCACUGGAUGCUUGUUCAUCAGCUGCCCAAGUUUCUCUCUGGGUCUGAGGAACUGGGCUGCUGGCCAGUUCCUCCGAGAUUUCUACCCUGCCUCCCGCUACCAGCAAGACUUGCCUUCAGGGCCAGGACCCCAGAAAGCUCAGGAUCAGAACCUAGUCCACCGCUCUGGCUGGGAUUGGACACAUUGACACAUAGAGGGAUAAGCCAGUAAGCAGAGAUGACCACGUAGUCAGUGAGCUGGGGGAUUGUGGGUCUUCACUUAGAAUGUACAGUGUGGGUGUGUGUCCAGGGGACAAGUGGCUGAGGGUGGUUUGGGGAAGGUAUGCGUAAGAGAUGAACGUGCACAGGAUACGCUGUUAAGAGGCAGAAGCAGAACGGGGGAAUCGAGUCAUUGACAAGUCACUAGAGCUCCAAGCCUGCCCCAGGCCCCAAGGCCAUCCAGCUGCUGGUGUAUGCACAUGAUCUGAUAGACUUUGGGAUGCUGGGUGUGAGUAUGGGUCCCUGCCCAGUGCCCCUUUACACUCCACGUAAAUCACAUACCUCCUUCCACAUGUCUUGAGAGCACCCUGCAGAACUAGCCCCUGGAAGGUCGGGGGUAGGGGGAAGUGCCCCUUUACACUCCACUUAAAUCACAUACCUCCUUCCACAUGUCUUGAGAGCACCCUGCAGAACUAGCCCCUGGAAGCGGGGGAGGAGAGGGAAGUGCCCACUCCUACCCCCUGGUUGUUUAUAUUGCUCUCCCACUCUGUUCCCUUUGUCAGAGCUGGACUCUCCUAGGGCAAUCCCAGGGCAAGCAGGGCCCAUCCAGCCUGUAUCCUGAACCAACCCAUCAGGAAGGCCGCCUGCAGUUGAGCCCUGCCUCUUUGUCCUCUGCCCCCUCUUUGUCGGGGGAGGAUAGCCAUGCCAGGGCUCCAGCUCAGGUACUUGGGCAGCCUACUAGGGUUUUGGUUUUUGGUUUGUUUUGGUUUGUUUUUAUACUAAGAACAAUUUUAAGGCCGGAGGCAGGAAAGGAUGUGCUCAAUAAAGCAACUCCUGGCCUCACUCA